CACAGAGCGAGCAGAGCUUAGCAGGCAGGGGAAACGAGACUGUACUCGUUAUCCAGACCUCACCCACCUAGCCAGCCACAGCGAGCUAUCUGAGCCAAAAACCUGUCGACAAAAUCCUACCGUGUCGUCUCCACCAUGGAGACGGCCACCCUGACGAUAAGCUCCCGGUGUCUCGCCGCCGCCGCCGCCUCGCAUGGCGCUCACCGGAGAGCAGCGGCGGAAAUUGUACCGCGUGCCGGGGCAAAGCUUCGGCCACAAGUGCGGCGGCUUCGUGCACUGCCGCCGGAGCUGAGCGAGAUCCUCGCUCCCAAGCUGGUGCCGGGCUCACCCGCAGACACCGGCGACUUCUCCGCCAUCAUCCCCAUCAGUGCCGUUAUGCUGCUCUUCUACUUCGUAACCAACUGGGUAUUCCCCGCGGUGAUCAUGAAGGGGAUGCAGCCCAACGCCGAAGACGAAGCCGCCGCUGCAGAAGCAACGUCCAUGGCUUCGUCGUCGUCGCCGCAGGGUACAGAUGCCGUCGCCAACGGUAAGGUCAAGAAGAAGAGAAAGAAGAGAAGAAAAGCAGCCACGGAAGCAUAGUCUAGCUAGCCAGCAUGCUUGUGUGCGUGUGUGUGUGUGUCUGAAAGGCUCUAUCAGAAUAGACUCCUCUUGUCGCUCUACUGUGAUAUCAAAGAUCAGAAGUUCAGAACAA